CUUCCAACCAAGUCCCUUGAAUCCAUCGCCAGAAGAGGCAGUUACAAGGUCCGACAGAUUACCUAUACACACACUCAAACACAGGCUCAUACAAUUUACGAUGGGUUCUAUUGCCGUUGACGACGCCACCAUGUCGAGGCCUCCCUUCAAGGUUCUUGUUGUCGGUGGUUCUUACGGCGGUCUCUCCGCUGCCCUCAACUUGCAAGACAUCUGCAGCGGCCGUGCUGCCCGCUGCGGCCCUGAUGCCAAGAAGGCUGCCCUUGACGGCACUCCUGCUGCCCAUGAUGGUCCUCAGUUUGCCGUUGACAUCACUGUUGUAGACGAAAGAGAUGGCUUCUACCAUCUCAUUGGCACCCCAUUGGCCUUUGCCGAUGAGUCCUACGCCGAAAAGUGCUGGGUCAAGUACGAGGACGUUCCCGCUCUGCAACAAUCUCCCAACAACAUCCGCAUACUCCGGGGCUCCGUCCAGUCCAUCGAUCAGGAGCGCAAGAUUGCCAAGGUUCUCGGCAGCGAGAACGGUCCCGAGCCCAUCGAACUCAAGUACGACUACCUCAUUGCCGCCGCCGGCUUGAGGAGGGUCUUUCCUGUCGUGCCCCAGUCCCUGCUCAGGAAGCAGUUUCUCUUUGAGGCUGGUGACCACAUUCAGGCCGCGACUGCCAACAGACAUGGUGUCGCUGUUGUAGGUGGAGGUGCUGUCGGUAUCGAGAUGGCUGCCGAGCUCAAGCUUGUUUGCCCCGAUCUGAAGGUUACUCUUAUCCACUCGCGUGACAAGCUUCUCUCGGCCGAGCCUCUUCCCGAGGAGGUCAAGGACCGUAGCUUGGAGCUCGUCCAUGAGGCCGGUGUUGAGGUGCUCAUGUCCCACCGCGUCGACAGGACCGAGGAAUUUGUCGAUAACGGGCACAAGGCAUACAAGGUCUACUUCACCAACGGCCAUACCCUUGUUGCCGACUCCGUCAUCAUGGCAAUUUCCAGGAGCGUGCCAUCGACCACCUUCCUUCCCAGGGAAGUCCUCAAUGAGGAAGGUUAUGUUAAGAUCCAGCCCAGCCUCCACUUCCCUUCCGAAAGCCCCAAUUCGGACGAUCACCUCGCCAUCGGUGACCUUGUCAAGUGGUCCGGUAUCAAGCGGUGCGGUGGUGCCAUGCACAUGGGCUACCUGGCCGCCAACAACAUUCAUAUGCGCAUGAAGCAGGCUGUUUCCGGCACCGAGCCCACAUACCUUGAGCUUGACGAAAUUCCUCCCAUGAUUGGCCUCGCUGUUGGCAAAAAGGCGGUUGCCUACUGGCCCACAAACGGCGUGUCAUCGGGCGAGGAUGUCAAUAAGCUCUUCUUCGGUGAUGACUUGGGUUUUGAUAUUUGCUGGAACCAUCUACGUCUAGGCGGUUACGAUGUUGUUAAGGCUUAAAAAAAUCAUUUUCGAAGGCACUGGCGUUAAAGCGGUUCGGAUAUCACGGAAUUGGAAUAGCAUUUUGGUUUUUUUUUUUCUUGAAAGG